AUGCAUCAUAAACUCACCAUUAUCGGUUGCGGCGUUUUUGGUCGUUCCAUUGUCGAUGGGCUUUUAUCAUCUGAGAGUUCUCCUGAAUACCGUUUGGCUUUGACACACCGCCGUUUCGAGGCUCUCAAGGCCCUUCAGAUCGAUUACCCUGACGCUGUGGUUUCAAGGGACAAUGGAGACCCCUUGAUCUGGGAUCAUACUGACGGUGCAGCCAUAAGGCAUGUUGUACUCAUCGCAACACAGCCACGUUUCACGUCAAACGUCUGUAAAGAUAUCUGCAAUGCUGUGAAGUCUGCGAGAAGCGCCCAGGAGCUUGUCGUCGUCACCGUAUGUCCUGGCAUCACUCUAGCCCAGCUCAAAAGUUGGUUGCCCUGCGAAACCACAAUUAUACGGGCCAUGCCAAAUACCCCCAUUUCCAUCAGUCAAGGCGCAACCGCCCUAUUUGCCAGCGAGUCCGCCCCCUGCGAAGUGGUGUCAGAAGUUCGCGCGAUUUUCAGGCGAAUUUCCCCUGUCGUUGCUAUGCUUCCACGGGAGGAGCUCAUGGACGUUGCAGCUGCCGUAUCUGGAUCUGGUCCGGCGUAUGUGUACUACUUACUGCAAGCACUGGUGGCUACUGGUUCAUCCCUAGGUCUUCCAAGUGAGCUUGCCCAUCAGUUGGUAGUCCAGUCAUGCAUGGGGGCGGUCAUGCUCGUCAAGGAGGCUGCCGAAACACCCUUAUCAGACCUACUGGCUCACGUAUGUGUCGCCGGCGGCAGUACUGAAAAGGCAAUGAGUACAUUGAACCGUUGUGAUCUCCGCACAAUCCUGCAGACGGCAGUGGAGGAGAGCUGGCAUGCAAACCAGGCAAUGGGAAAAGAUGUCUAG